CAAGAGGAAACCCAAUGCAAAUAAGGCUUAUAAUAGCCUAGCCCUCGUGCAGACUCCUCCCACUGAGUUGUCCUGGGAAACACUAACAACUGUAAGAAAGUGGACUCUGUCGUCCUGUUUCUGAACGGGAGACUUUGGUGGGAGACCCACACCGCCGCUCAUCCAUUUCACUUUACAGAACAAACUUUGUUUUGAAAGGACAUUUCGGCCCAGCUUCAAAACACUGCGGGUCCAUCCAUCAGGAGGAAUAUUAUGUGUCCAAAAACUGCUGCUGCUCCCCCUUCACACUGAGCCUCAUCUGCCUGAGUGUCCAGGGACAUGAAACUCAAUCCACAGCAAGCUCCACUCUAUGGGCGGUGCGUCAUCGCGGUGCAGCUCACUGAUGACGAGCUGGCUGCGGAUGAGGAGGGCGUGGACUACUUCCUGCUAUUUGCUGGCAGCACACAGAGGCACCUGACUAGCACCCUAAGGAGCAGUCAUGACACCUUGCAGGCACUGUGUCCUGCUCACGACUGUUGCGAGGUGGUGUCUGUCACCUUGUGUUCAGUCAGCCGAGGUGUCCCUGAGGCCCCUGAGGACCCAAAGCACUGUCUGGGUCACGUGACUCCAUUGGCCGAGCAUCGAUUCAGCUUUGUCCAGGAUUUGGCUUUUGACAUGGCCCAGUUCCUGGUGAGCAACACGACGAGUCAUAUCCAAGUGAGCACGGCGGGUCGGGCUGACGGCCUUGAUGGGGCACUGCUGCUGGAUGAGUGUCAGAUUCCCCUGCAGGAGUGUGAGCGCCUGGAUGAGAGCCUGGCGCUGGCCCUCCACCACCUCGUCCUGCCUCCAGGAUGGAGCUUACUGGGGAACAAACUAACCAACAGCACUGACCUGAAUCCUCAGGAGACUCUGCUGCAUUUCUCAGCACGUCGAGGUCUUUUUCGGGUUACACACUUCUUGCUGCAGCAGUCUGGAGCAAAAGAAGCCCUGCAAUUGGCCAACAGACAAGGCCACACGCCCUCUGCCAUCGCAGCCCUGCGAGGACAUGAACGCCUCCACGAGCUCCUCACACAGGCUGAGACGGACAAAGGGACUGAGACUCUCCAGCUGGUGUCUACGGACGCCCAGAUAGUUUGCCACUUCCCCAGGCUGAACACACACACCCUGACGCUGAGCAACCGCGCCGGCCACGACCCUCCGACCCUUCAGAGGAGUGUGGAGCAGCUGCAGCACUUGAUCUGCCAUCUCCAUGCCAAGGGAGUUUCUGCACUAGAGUUGCAGUUUGAUUCUCUGCACACAGCUGCUGAAUGUUGUGAUGGUGUAGAAGCAGAGAUAUCCUGUGUGGAGCGACUACAGCUGCCUGCUACAGCGUCAGAGUGCCUGGAUACAGCAACAGGAGGGAGCUUGGUUGAAAACGGCUCAGUGGAAAGCCACAGUGGUUUUGAAUGUGGACAUGGUGAUACUGGAAAUGCAGAGAGAGACUGGAGUUUGUCUGUGAGUACUCCAGCAUCAGAAAUACACCCCCAGGAGCAUGGCCUUGGACCCCCAGCAGACGGGGUGUGUCUCAGUUCAAACACUGGGAGAGAUUACUGCCAAACAGAGCAGGAGGGAGGGAAGCAGCCUGUUGUUCCCACCCAGAGUUUGAGUGAAGGAGCACAGAGUGGGGCAGAAGGAGAGAGCCUCACUGUGGGAAUCCUACCACCAGCAGACUGUGAUAAACAGACAGAGGAAACUGAUAGUGGAGAGGCUGUGAUCUGGGAAGGACAGGAGGCCACAGAGGGAAAGGACAGAUCAGAGCAGGAAGCAGAGGAUAGCACAGCUACAAGGAGGGACGAGGAGGAGACAGAGUCCACGGAUCUUGCAACGCCCAGUGGAGACAGAAAAGCUUCAGACAUGGGCCAGAACCCGUCGUCAGAGGGCUCAGAGGUUUCUGACCCCUCUGAUUCUGAAAUGAAGGAGUGCUGUCAGGAAGAAGGAACUGAGGAGAGCCAGGAGCACUGUAACAAACCUUCUUUAGAUGAGAAGACAGAGGACGAAGGGUUACCAGACUCUGUAUCAACCUCAGGGGACUUACCAAACCCAUCACUGAUAGAUGGCGGUGAUGUAAUCAAGGAGCCUGAAUCUGCUGUUCCACGUCUCUCGAUAGAAGGCCUCCACGAGGGGGAACCUCCGCCAGACAUAAACAGCCUGGAACAAAACCAGGAAACAGCUGGUAGGGAUUACGUUACAGAGCAGCAGAGGGGCUUGGCUCCAGAAACUGGGGAUUGUACUGGAACAGCUACUAGUAAAGAGGUAGAUGGUGAAGACACAGCUGGUGUCGAAAGUUUGCCUGCAGACGAACUGGAUGAUACAGCUGAUUGUGGGACUUCUGGUAACUCCAUGGAAGACUUACAAACAGACUCAUCACAUAAAAUGAUGCCAGAUGAUGAGUCAGGGAUGACCCACGGCCUCUCCAGCGAUGACGAUGGCAGUUUCCAAUCAGUCGGAAGCUCCACAACAGAAAUAUUCCAUCCCACUCAGGACAACGUUGUUACCGAGGAUCAGGACUUGCUUCAAGCCAAGAUAGCAGAGCUGUCAUCAAUGGGAGAGGAGGAACCAAAUGAUUCAAAAACUCUUGAGAGCAAUGAACAUGCACUAACUGUGGACGCAGGGCUCCCCUCUGAGUCGGGCACUGACAGUGCACCAACAGACUGCAGCCAAACUGGCACUGAGCCUGAAUCACAACUGUCAACCAGCCUUGAGACAAUGAAGGCUUUGAAUCCUGAGGGGACAGGAGAGAAACUGGCUGCAGAACUUUCCAAAGUGGAUUUGUCAGAGAGCGGGGACGCUCCAAUGAUGGAGGUCGGUGAAGGUGAAACUGAAGAAGCCGAUGACUCUGAAGUGAAUGCAGGGAAUGAGCAUCCGGAAUCAGAGGUCGCCAGCAGGGUUUUAUUGGAACAGAGUCCAUCUGCUGCAGAAGAAAGUGGCCCGGUUGAAGGAGAGCAUCAGUCAGCAGAGACUGAUGAUAAAUCUGCUGCUGAAAACAGUGAAGAUGUGCAACCCAAACAGGAUAAUUUAGAGAUGACAGCAGAUGAGACGUCAACUCAUUACGGAUUAAUGCUCUCAGAGGAACAGAUUGAUGCAUCUUCAUCACAAGGUGUUUCAGAUAGUGUGGACGUCAAUGCCUUGGAAGUACCGCCACCUUCUCCAAGUAGUGAAACUUCCAUUGGACCUAACACUGAGGAUGAGACGAAUCCAGAGACUCUUGAUGCAGUGGAUGGAUCAUCACAAAGCCACGACAAUGCAACUCAAGAGGUGGAAGUCAUCAUGUCUGAAGACACUAUAAUUGGUGCAGGGGAGGAUGAAAAUGGCCCCUCAGAGGAAACAGACUUCUCCGUGAUCCACCGAGACAGAGACGCGUCGUUCCAUCAGCCUUGCAACACUCAACACUCAGGAUCCUCACAGUCUUCAGCAUUUCCCAGUUUGCCCAGUAGAACCAGCAGUGCCACCAGCUGUCCCUCCACAGCUCACAGAGACUCUGGCAGCGACAUCGACAGCUUUCUGAACGCAGAGCCAGGAUAUGACAGCGUCUUCAGAAAGAACGAUGAACCAGUGACAGGAGGAGAUAGCGCCAGCGAGGUUUCUGUCUCCUGUUCGUCCACAGACGACACCGCCAGCGUGGGCCCACCGAGCUCCAGUCCUGAGGGCAGCCACGGCCUGGAAUGCAGCUGGAGCCCAGAGCAGGGCAUCCGGACUGGGGCUACUAUCACUGCAGGACUUGAAAGUGGUGGUGGUGGUGUUGGAGGAGGUGGAUCGGGAGAAGCUGAAGAAGAAGCCAAAGACAGAGUGACGGAGGUGCCACGGCGCUCCUGUAUCCUCCGGAACAGCAUACGCUCGCUGUCGCCUCUUCGCCGCCACAGCUGGGGUCCUGGAAAGAACAACGGAGGAGACGCAGAGAUGAAUCAGAGGAGCUCCAUCCGUAGCCCUGGUGAGGGGAAGCCGACCUUUCACAGGAGAAGCUACAGCCUGGAGGGGCUCAGCGGGGUUCAGGAAGAGCUGAGGGGCCCCACCACUCAGGGGCCCCGAAUCCUGGAGCCUUCAAGGAUGCCCAGGCAUGACAGUGAUGACAGGGGCUCCCUAGUUUCUCUGACAGAGGAGCAGGAGGAGCUGGAGGACCGUGGCAGACUACAUGACCCGAAAUCAAGGAGGUAUCGGCCUCUGCGAAACAGCUGUCCUCCCAUGACCCUGCCCCUCACCAAGUCUGUAUCCAUGCUCGCCAUCAGCCAGAGAGACAUUGAUGGUAUGAGGUCGUUUUCCAGCGCCUCUGGGUCACUAGCAUACAGUAUAUCAGAAGAGGAACCCGGCCCUCUGCGGAGUGACACUGAAGGAAAGAGUGUGACGAAAGUCAGCCGGACCUUCAGUUACCUCAAGAACAAGAUGUACAAAAAGACCAGGGAAAAGGAGCGAGAGAAGAAGGAGAAAGAAAGGGAGGGCAAGGAGAAGGACAAGAAAGUGAUCAAUGGUCAUCUAUUCACACCAGUCAGCUCGGGCCAGGUGGCCCAGUGCUUCCAGUGCAAUAAGGCUUUCAACAGCAAGGAGGCUUUCCAUUGCACGCACUGUAAUGCUUCCGUCCAUAAGAGCUGCAGGGACAGCCUGCCUGUUUGUGCCAAGGUGAAGAUGAAGAUGCCCAAACAGCAGUUUGCUGUACCAGAUUCAAGUCAACAGCCUACAGUCACAAUGAGGAAUAAAUCUGGUGGGACGAGGGAGCGCCCCUGGUCUGCCAUCUUGUCCCCCGAAGACCAUUCUUCCCUGAUGAUCCCACCACGGAGACACACAAGCAUCAUGACUUUCCAUGGCAACAACCUCUCCAAGAGCCUCUCCAUCAGCAACAUCGCUGGUCCGGUGUUUGACGAGAUACCCAUUAAAGGCCUGCGGUAUCUCUCCCAGUCUACUGACUCCCUCAACAGAACUAACCAGGUUACUGAGUCCAUGGAAUCACUCACAGAUGAAGGGACGGAGAUGAUGGACGGCCAGCUGAUGGGGGAGUUUGAGGCAGAGGCCAAAGAGCUGGAGGCUGACUCGUGGAGUUUAUGUGUGGAGCAGCAGUACCUGCAGCAGCUGGACAAAGAGCUGGUGAAGAGACAGGAUGUCAUAUACGAGCUAAUGCAGACGGAGAUGCAUCACAUUCGGACGUUGCGCAUCAUGUCAGAGGUCUACAGCAAAGGCCUGCAGAAGGAGGUGCAGCUGGAGCAGCAGACAGUAGAGAAGCUGUUUCCCACUCUGGACGAACUCCUGGAGCUCCACACGCAGCACCUCCUUCGCCUCCUGGAGAGGAAGAGGGAGAGCCAGCCGGAGGGGGGGAGCUGGGAGGGAGGCUUCAUCAUCCACAGGAUAGGAGACAUACUGCUCAGUCAGUUCUCAGGAUGCAACGGUGAAACUAUGAGGAGGGUUUAUGGAAGAUUCUGCAGCCGCCACAACGAAGCCGUGAACUUCUACAAGGAUCUUCUCACCAAAGAUAAACGAUUCAAGGCCUUUAUCAAAAAAAAGAUGAGUAGCAGCAUCGUGCGGAGGCUUGGUAUCCCAGAGUGCAUCUUGCUGGUGACCCAGAGGAUAACUAAGUACCCGGUGCUGAUUCAGAGAAUGCUGCAGCACACUAAAGAAAGCGAGGAAGACUAUGAAGACCUGACGGACGCAGUUCGGCUUGUGAAGGAGGUGAUCGCGGCAGUUGAUAGCAAGGUGAACGAGCACGAGAAAAGGCGCCGUCUGAAGGACUUUCACAGCCGCAUGGACAGCAAGUCCAUCAUGAUGAUGAAGAGUGGUCAGAUUUUUGCCAGAGAGGAUCUGCUGAGGAGGAGGCUAAUCCAUGAUGGAGGGCUGCAGCUGAAGAACUGCCAGGGAAGACUAAAAGAUGUCCACGCUCUGCUACUAUCAGACGUCUUCGUCUUCCUUCAAGAGAAGGACCAGAAAUAUGUCUUUGCAAUGCUGGACCAGCGCUCCACGGUCAUCUCCCUCCAGAAGCUGAUCGUGAGGGAGGUGGCUAACGAAGAGCGCGGCCUCUUCCUCAUCACGGCGGGCAUCGAGAAGCCGGAGAUGAUGGAGGUGCUGGCCAGCUCGAAGGAUGAACGCAACACCUGGAUGCAGCUCAUCCAGGAAGCCAUGCAGUCUGUAGAGAAAGAUGAGGAUGAAGGGAUUCCCAGUGAGACAGAAGAUGACAAGAGACAACUGGAGACCAAAGCCAAGGAGAUGAGAGAUCUAUUGAGGCAGAAGGACACAGAGAUCAUGUCUCUGCUGGAGGAGAAGGUGCGGCUCUUCAGGGGGAUGUGGGAGGGCUUGAACCCAGGCGAGGAGGUCUGCCGGCAGGUCCAGCCUUUUUUCAGGUCAGCCUGCAGCCAGGAGCCGCCCAGGGGUGCAUCUAUCAUGAAGGAUGCCCUGCAGGAAGUGGAGACAUUACAGGGGCUGGUGAACGGCAGCCUGGGCGGGGCGAUGGCCAGCGUCCAGGAGGGAGGAGGCGCAGGGUCGGUGUGUCUGCCCCGUCGGGCUGAGACCUUCGGAGGCUUCGACAGUCACCAGAUGCACAGCAGUAAGAGUGGAGACGGCGACGAGAGCGAGGAUACAGCGGGAGAUCUGCGCAGGACAGAGUCUGACAGUGUUUUAAAGAAGGGAGGAAACACCAACCUGCUGCUGCUGCUGAAGAGAAACAGUGAGCAGGUCCUCCACAGCGUCUCCAAUCUGCACCUCCUGCUCAGCACGCUACAGGCGGUGGUGGUCCAGCAGGACAGCUUCAUCGAGGACCAGCGGCAGGCCCUGAGCGAGCGCUCCUCCUCCUGUUCGUCUUUAUCGCGGCCGUCCUCGCGGCCCAGCUCGCUGAUUGAACAGGAGAAGCAGCGUAGCCUGGAGAAGCAGCGGCAGGAGCUGGCAUCCCUGCAGAGACAGCAGGCUGCUCAUGCUGAGGAGAAGAGGAGAAGGGAGAAGGAGUGGGAGCUAAGGGAGCAGCAGCUGGCUGAGAGGGAGGGGCUGGUGCACUUACAGCAGGAGGAGGAGAUCUUGAUGCAUCACAAGGAGCUGGAGGAAGAGAAGCAGGGGCUGUUAAGCAAGAAGGAGGAGUACCAGAAAGACCUGGAGAGGCUGCGAGACGCCCAGAGGAAGCUGGAGAGGGACAGAGAGGCUGUGCAGCGGCACCUCGAAAAGAUGGAGGAGCUGCGCCUGUCUGAGCGGACUCCCUCAACAGCAUCGGAUGAAUUCCAGUUCCCGGGCAGCUCCCAGUCUCUGGAGCUGGACCCGCUGGAGCUCUCCUCCUCCUCCUCCUCCUCCUCCCUGCUGAGGCUGCAGCCCCAGCGGUCUAAGCCCAAAGGGAAAAGCCUCAAUCCCUUUACCUCAUCCUCCAGCAACCUCAAAGGCAGCGACGCCAACAACCAGAUCUCAAAGAGCCUGCUGCAGCUGGCCAAGAACAAGAGCAAAGAGGGGAAGGAGAAGGAGAAGAAGAAGAAGAAGGGCAAAGGAGGGAGCGCACAGACGGCAGACCCCCAGCACCUCCCAGAGCCUCCUCUGGAUGGAGAGAUCUUCUUUUGCUGAAAGAAGUGGCUUUCCUCCUCCUCCUCAUCAUCAUUAUCAUCACUAGCAUCAUCAACCCACCACAGCCAUUCAGGAGGAACAUUUUACUGCCAAGUAGUAAUACUUCCAUCUGCAUACAUUACUAUGGAGUGUAGGAUCAGGCUUUUUGGCACCUUGAGAAGACUUUUAGUUAAUGUGUUCAUUUAACUUUACGUGCAGGAGAAAGACAAAAAAAUGUAUUUUCAAAUACACUGCUUUAGUUCCCGGGGAGUCAAAUAUGUAAGGGAUGCUGUUAUGGUGUGCAAGUAGGCGUAUGCACUUGCGGUUCAUAGAAAUAGGCAACAUGGAAUAGCAGUACAUUUUUUUGGCGUUCUGUUUCCAAAAAAAAAAAGAGUGAAAAAACAGUUUCUUCUUCCAAAGACGCCGUGGUUACAUGACAGUGGAUUCAUUUCUUCAUUUUGAAGAAUUACACAUUUGCAAGUAUCAGACUGAAAGCAUUUCACAGCAGGCCGCCUCACAAGCUCUGCCAGCUAUGUCACAGGCUCCACUGCCUUUCUGUUUGUUAUGGCCCCAACUCGCCCCUCUUUCAGCAGUCCGUCCCGCUAUGAAGUUCCACACCAGCAGGCUGUUAUGUUUAUUUAGGGAAGCUUCUUCCAUGUGACUGAACCCACACAUACGAGGACAAAUACAAAUAGAAAUGCCAACAAGCUCCAUGUGGUACUGGAAGCUCAUCUCUCGCAAUCAUCUUUAUUUACAAUUAAUAAGAAACCAAAACCACAGAAGAAAAUCUGCUCAAACGAAAUGUCCUGGCAUCAUGUCUUAAUCAAAUGAGUCCAGUUUUUCAAUCAGAAAUGGCACAGUAUAGAUCCUAGAUCCACUUUGUUGCCCAACAUUCCUUUACUCACUAUUUAAAAGCAGAUUUUUGUCUUGUCCACUUAUUUUGCCUUCAGUUUUGUAAGCAAAAUGGAAUUUCAGUACCUUCAGUAAUCCUCUAUUAAGACUCCAUGCCAUCAAUCUUGUUCCUUGGCUGGGUUUUUAAUUUAUUCGAAUAAUGGAUGUCUCAGAUUUUGGUUUGAAACUAUGCAUGUCUCUUCUUCCAGACUCAACAGUAAUGAAAGGAUUGAGACAUAUCUCCCAGCGCCUAAUGGCUCAAUUCAUAUCCUUUAGUGUGUUUUAGAGCCUUGAAUGGAUAUUAGCUUGAUCCUUGCUUUAUCUGCCUGUCAAUGGGCUUUUAUGUGGCCCUCAUCUUUCAUCUGAGUGCUGACGAGUGGGGCUUUCCUUCGCUUUUUUUUUUAAUUGCAUGUAACACUGCAGGUAGCAUACUAAUGGCUUCUGUCUGUUAAAGAGUUCAACUUUCUCUUUCAACCUCUCUCCGCUCUGAUAAUAGACUCUGUGGAUGCACACGGUUGAUGGUUUUAGGAGAUGGAGGCUGUUAAUUUAGGGACAAAGCAGCUGGUUAGAGAAAAUGAGAGAGGACAUUAACUAAAACAAAAAAAAAAAAAAAAAAAACACCAAAUGAUGCUAUGUGUCCGUGUGUGGACGUCUAAUGACUGAACCUGCUCAGCAGGUACCGUCUGAUUAUUUCAAACUAAUCAGCGCAUCAGUGUUGUUAAGCACUUUGGUACUAAUAUGGUGUUGCAUUUUUUUGUUGUUAUCAGUGGGAGGUAUCAAUCAAAGAGAUUGUUGUGGAGUUUUUUUAAUCAAGGGCACUGGUGUUCAUGGAAAGCAACAAUGAUCCAAAGCAUUAAAAGAUGCUGCGGCUUCUUUUAAAAAAUUGAUUAGUGUUGAUGUUAAAGGAUGACUUCUGCUUUUAUUCAACCUGGACCUCAUUUUCCCCUUUAUAAUUGUCUAAGGGACUGAUGGGAACAGCAGUUUUUGAAAUUGGUCCAGUAUUGGGAGAGAGAUCUGCAGCCACACAGCAGACUGCAAUGUAAGUAAAUGGGGCAAUCGAACACCAUCACUGUAUCUCCAACAACAGCUGUUAUUUUUGCCACAGACAGGCACAGAUUAUUAUAAUAACAAGUGGCUGAAAUGUCUCUUUAUCUUUGCUUGAUCCGGUCUGUUUGUUUAUCUCAUCAAGUGGAAGUCUCGUUCUUAAAUCUCACGAGAUCUCGUUGCAACAAUAGUGGAAACAUGAAUAAGAUUUGGAGAGUAGUUUACAGAGUAAUUUAGUUUAAUCUAAAAGCUUUUCAACAUCAUAGAUGAUUAUUUACACUGUGAAAACAGAAACUAUUUGUUUUGACCCAAAAAAGUUUGUCAGACUGUUGCCUUAAAAUUUUAGGUUUACUAAAUUUGAGAAGACAAGUUGAAUCAUUAUAAAAUUGUCUCCACUUGUCUUCUUAAAUUCAGUCAGUUUAAAAAAAAAUAAGGCAGCCUGGGCAGUAACUUUUAAAAGGUUUAAAAAAACAGUUGGAUGGAUAUGUGGAUGAGGCCUCGCAAUUUAAAUUCGACUGACUGGCUGUUGCCAAAUUUCAGAAAUUCCCGUCCACAUCAGUCUCUUAGACACAUUUACAGCAAAUUAGGGUCCAGGUUGAAAAAGACCGGUUAUCCCUUAAAAUCGAGGCCCAUAGCUUUUAUGAAAUGUUGCAAGGUGACCUGUGUGACCUGUCUUAAUUUUAAAGCCUGUGUUUUAUCCCCACUAAGGCCCGAUUGCGGGCCACACACUACCUGCUGGACAGGUAAAAGGUACAAAGAGAAAAAAAGGACCCUUCUCAGUGAAUGACAGAGCAGCAGCGCCACUGAACUGCUUUCUUGCUGCCUCUUUUGUCUCGUGUUUAAGUGCUUGUUUGUUAACUCGCCGUCUGUGUUGAGGAUUUGACUUCAUGUCCAGGCUGGUUUAUUAUAGUGUGUCUUCUAAGAGGCUUACGGGGCCAGCCAAUUAGUUGCUUCAUGUCUUUUGUUUAUGGCUUUGGUGUAAUCCUGUCAAAGAAACGGAAAAGAAUGGGCUUCUUUUUUCCCUCUGUUGCUUUAGGUGUUUUUUGACCACUAGGGAGCACUGCACCUAUGACUAAAUGAGUUCCCUCCCUCACACAACAACAACCAGAAAGUAUGAAACUUUUCUCUUUUUUUUCACAUAUUUUCCCUGUUGUGAGAAAUUGACAUAUUUUUCUCAGCAGGUCAUUGCCGUACAGAGAUAAUGUGAUGAGCGUGGGCUCUCACACUCUGUGACAUUUUCCCCACGGCAUUUGUAAUUGACUGCAGAAACAAAUAAGUUGUCAGAGAUUGUAAUUGGUUAUUCAGUGAAACCAGUCAGCAGCAGCUUUAAUUUGGGAGAAAGAAAAAAAGAAACAGUUGGAGGGAGCGACCGGGCAGAACCACAAACCUCUCUCUGUAAAGGACAAUCAGCAGAUGCGAGUCAGGAAAAUGAACUCCCUCCCCGAUGAUGAUAGGGCUGUCCACGAGACGAGGGUGUCCAUCAGGUGAACCCUGCGUAGCCUUAAAUCUUAAUGAUAAAAUGCACUAGAGUAGAACCCAGCAUCUUCUCAGGAGAGAGAGGAGAACUUUUAUACCUCUGCUUUGAAACGAAGGAAAUGUUUGUACUGUUAAAGUGGUACAGAAUAAUUUCAUUCCCAACAAUGUAAAAAAGGGCAAAGACAAAUAUGUAAAUACGAUUUAUGUAUAAAACAAAUCAAAUGUAAAAAAUUGUUUCAUUUGUGAUCUAUUGCAGCAUUUUGUAAGAAUGUUUUAUUUAUGUUUUAUUCUCACCCUCAGGGUGAUAUAAAGUCAUAUUUCUCUCAUAAUAAAAAAAAUCAUUAUGGUAA